AUGCGCUGCAGGCGUUUUACAGCCAUUCUGGCCACCGUGCAUACAAUGAGAGUGCAUGCAAUGAGACUGCAUGCUCUCAGGCACGAGACGGCGCGACGCCGCUUCAUACUCAACACGGCAUCACUGCUGCCCGCCUCACUGCUGCCUGCAGCGAUCACGCCAGCACCAGCCCGCGCCGCCGACGAGAAAUCCGCAGUCUUCAGCGGCGGCGCGGCCUGCUACCUGCAGCCCUUCUUCGACGAGAUCCGGUACAAGGGCGUGACGCGCACCGAAGUCGGUCGGGUCGACGACGCCGCGAACACGCGAGCGCUGCGCGUCUUCUACAACCCGGACAAGUGCUCGUACAAGGCCCUGCUCGGCGUGUAUUGGCGGCACGUCGACCCCACGCGCGCGACGCAGUUUCCCUUGGACGCGUCGGAGGAGGGCGACGCGCAGUGCAUAAAUCAAAUUGCUCGAUGGCGCGUGUGUGGGUCUCACCGCUCGAUUCAGUCAGCACGACCGCCGCGCAGGUGAUGCGUUCCGGACCGUGAUCUGGGUCGCCGAUGCGGAAGAACGCAAACUCGCCGAGCAGUCGCGCAAGGUCAUGGAAUCCGCCGAGGUCUACGGCAAGAACAGGAAAUUUCUCACGGAGAUUUUGGAUGAGAAACCAUUCACGCCGACACCGGAGGACGGCCAGGACCUCUACACGGCGGACGCCAAGGCCUACGAGAAGGCGAUCAAGAAGAGCGGUCGCGCCAAGUUCUUCGAGAAGACGUACGAGCCCGUCACGACGACGGCGUGCGAGGAGAGGACGUGCGGCUACGUCUACUUCCCGUGCUCGGCCGAGAACGGGUGCAUGGGGAUCGUGUCGGGGCGGUGGUAG